CACUCGUCCAGAUUUGUGCAUCCUCUUAUUCCUCCAUCCACGCGGCUUCUCGCACUGGUCUCUAUCCUCCCUCCGACGCGCAAUUUAUAAAGAUGGCUCGCCAGUCCGCCCUGUCCAUCACCAUCCUGCUCUCGAGUAUCGCGCCGCACACGACCUCCCGGAUCGCACAAAACUCGUCGCCUACAAUCGUCUGUCGCACAGCCCGCCGCGUGCCUCAUAGCUAGCACACCACGCCCUCGCAUACCGCAUACUAGUGUCAUCAACGCGUUUAGCAUUUCCCGUACGCGCUCCUUGCCUCAAUAUGUUCCAGGUCGCCUCUCGCCCCGUCCCGGAGCUCUCGCUCCCCAUGUCCCACUCGUACGGCGGGCACCCGAACGCGCCCCAGAACCUCCAGCUUCCGCGAACCCUGUCGCGCCCAGCCUUCACAGAGGUCUCUCGCAAUGCCAUCGCCGCGCUCGAGCCGGAGCUCGCGAACGUUCCCGUUGAGUUUGUUAGAAAACACCUGGCUGGCCAGGCUAAUGAGAUGCUCUCCGCACUCUCCCUGCUCACGUAUCCGGCUUCCCUCCCGAAAGCACACCUACCACCCACGAUCGACGUACCCGUCCGCCCGACGGCCUCGUCUCCGCCACGUGCCUUCCCGACGCACAUGCUCGCCGUCUCUUCCUCAAGGGCGUCCCCCUCCCAGCCAAACACACCCACCGCCGCGUCGUUCCUCGCGUCAAACUCUCCUACCACCACCGUGCCGCUCUUCCCCGCGCACGCACUCGUCCUCGCCGCGUACUGCCCGCUGCUGCCCCAGCUCCCGCGAUCUGCGGGCCAGCGCGGCAGUGCUGCCGUCAGCCUCCCCCUCGUCCCCCUCGCAGUGCCCAGCGCGGAGACGUUCCACCUUCUGCACGCGUACCUGCACACCCGCCGCCCGGACACGCUCCUCGCCGCGCUCCUCCCCUCGCUCGCGUCGUCCCUCCCGCCCGCGCACGCCGCUUCGUCGUCGUCCUCGCACCAACGCUCGUACGUGAGCAACUUCUCCAGCGAGAGCCUCCUCCGCCUCGCACACGCGCUCGCGCACAACGCCGCGGCCCACGCCGGGCCCCAGGGCGCGCUCGGCGGGCUCAUGGCGCACGUGAAGGUCAUCAACGGGCUCUGGAGGAACGUCUGCGCGCUCGGCGUGAGCGACGCGGAGCUGUGGGGCGUCAUGGACGUCGCCUGGGAGAUCGUGCUCGCCGCGCUGACCCGCGUCGUCGAGCGCGAGCGUGCGUGAACGGCCACCCCCAUCCUCGACGGGCGGGCCUCGUCCAAAACACUGUCUCCUCUCACUCUACACUUGCAUAUGGGUUCCGGUUCCGUGUCAUUGUCAUUGCCUCAUGGACUGUUCGUCGUUCUAGUACACCUUGCCGCUAAUCUUCGCACCCCCUCCAAAACUUCAUAUCCAUAUAGGUGUCGUCCCCGUCUUCGCACUCGCCCGCCUCUGACUAUACCCCCGUGUAUUGCCACACCCAUUGUUGUAUCCUUACUGCGUUCCUGUCGUCUUGGCUCUGCUGUUGUCCGCGUCUGUUGUCUGCUGCAUGAAUACGUUCGUGUUAACCCGAGGUUGGACGUAGUAGGAUAACGUGCAUUUAAUGAAGCCGCUCUUGCAUUCCUGUC